AUGCGUCUGACGCUAUCCCGAUUCUCCGUCCAGCCCGCCUCCCGCAGCAUUCGCAGCAUCAUGACCAAGGUCGCCGUCUGCCAGAUCCGCUCGACGGCGGACCCAGCGCACAACCUACGCAUCUCGUCGACCGUCAUCCGAGACGCGGUUCGGGCCGGCGCAACUGCAUGUUUCCUCCCUGAAGCGGCCGACUUUAUCGUCAAGACAACCGAGGAGUGCCGCCGCCUCUCCCUCCCCCUCUCAAAGCACGAGUAUACUCUCGGCCUACAAACUCUGGCGAAGGAGCUGGGUGUGGCUAUCAGUGUUGGGAUCCAUGAUGUGCCAGAAGAAGGGGAGGAUGACGAGCCGGACAGCUUGAGGGUGUAUAACACCCAUGUCCUGAUUGAUACGGAUGGGAGUAUCAAGGCUAAAUAUAGCAAGCUGCAUCUCUACGACGUCGAGCUCAUCCAGGACGGGCAGGUCAAGCGGAUCGGGGAGAGCGACCGCGUGCGGCCCGGCCAGGCCAUCGUUCCCCCAGUCCAAGUGGGGGACUUGAAAGUUGGCCUUGAGAUCUGCUACGACCUACGCUUCCCCGAGCUCUCCAUUGUCCUAACGAGAAUGGGGGCAGACGUCCUAACUUUCCCGAGCGCAUUCAUGCUUCCUACUGGGAAGGCUCACUGGGCGACACUACUUCGCGCCGCCGCCAUCCAGUACCAAGUCUACGUGCUCGCUGCGGCGCAGUAUGGCGCGCACCAUGCAAGCCGGUCGAGUUGGGGCGAGUCGAUUGCCUUCGAUCCUUGGGGACGGGAGUUGGGGCGCUUGCGCAGCGUCGAGGAGCCGGGAGGGGAGUAUGAGGACGGCGGCGAGUUCUUCCUCUGCGAUCUGGAUCAUGGGGUUAUCAGCGAGACCCGCAAGCAGAUCCCGCUCUCGAUUCAGAAGCGCGCGGAUAUUUAUGGCGUGGUGGGUGAGCGGGGGUAA